ACAGUACAGGGUACACAAACACAUACAGUACACACACUGCAGCAGCAGCAGCGGGCUGGAGAGUAUGGCGCUGCUAGUCCGGUGCCGAGUGUUUUCCCAAGCGUUUCGAGGUCAAACGGCGGCCCUGGACGGCGCCUGCCCGCUGGUGGGGGUCCUGCACCGGUCCGCGGGCUGCUCGAGGCGGUACAGCUCGGACGCUAAAGCGGGGGAGGAGCUAAGCGUUAGGUAUCUAGACGGAGAUGACUCAGGGAUUGUUGUCUUUGGGAUGAAUCGUCCUAAAGCUAAAAAUGCCAUCAGCAUGAACCUUGUAAAGUUGUUGUCUGAUGCUGUUGAAUCAGUAAAAAAGAACAACAAGGUGCGCAGUGUGAUCUUAUGCAGCAAGGUGCCUGGAGUGUUCUGUGCAGGUGCUGACUUGAAGGAGAGAGCCAAAAUGCAUCAGAGUGAAGUUGGGCCUUUUGUCGCUAAAGCAAGGGCUCUUAUUACAGAGCUUGGUAAUCUGCCCAUGCCAACUAUUGCAGCAAUUGACGGAGCAGCUCUGGGAGGAGGGCUUGAGUUGUCUCUGGCUUGUGACAUCAGAAUAGCAGCCACGUCUGCUAAAAUGGGUCUGGUUGAAACAAAGCUAGCCAUCAUUCCAGGGGCAGGGGGUACACAGCGUCUCCCGCGGACUAUAGGUGUAUCUCUGGCUAAGGAGCUUAUCUUUGCAGCUCGGGUGAUUGACGGUUCAGAGGCGAAGGCUCUUGGUUUGGCGAAUCACGCGGUUGAGCAGAACAAAAGCGGUGAUGCAGCUUACCUGAGAGCUCUGGACCUGGCCCGCGAGUUCAACCCACAGGGGCCUAUUGCAGUCAGGAUGGCCAAGCUGGCCAUCAACCAAGGCAUUGAGGUGGAUUUAACUACAGGAUUGGCAAUUGAGGAUGCGUGCUACGCACAGGUGAUUCCUACGAAGGACAGACUGGAGGGUCUGGCAGCUUUUAGGGAGAAACGCCCCCCUCGCUUCAAGGGCGAGUAACCCGGGCCCGGCCUGAGCGACGCUGACCCGCUGCCUUCAAACUUUCCUUUCACUGCUUCUGACGAAUGUCAUAAAGAAAGCGCUAGCCUGCACUGCGCCUGCCUGACCAGCGGGACCACCGCCGGCCCCCCGUGGCCUGCUCUCGGCCCUCUGUCAGAAAGAGCGGUGGAGAUUUCGCUCACUUAGCCAGGGUUUAGAGGUGAGAGAGGGAGGCCUGUGGAGGCUUCCCUCACCUGUGAAUCAGCCCAUGAUGCAUGGUGUGUCUCUUCAUUGUUGAUUCUGUUUGUUUUUUAGAUUAAAUAACAGGUAAUUCUCUGGCCUUUCUUUAUGAUGUGUUGUAAAACUGUUUCGUGUUAAACGUCUCUAAAGCCUCUUAAAUCAUUUGUGUGAACUAACACUACAGAAUGAAUAGAUAUUUACAGUGUAAAUUGUUCAAUAUUAAUGUAUGUAUGCAUAAUGCUAUAGUACAUAGAAUGACAUUGCAAAGAGCUUAAAUCAGAGCUUAUUUACCUUUACAGAUCAAAGAAUGUUAUAAGCAUUUUCUGUACAGAGAAAGACCACUAUUGUCACAAGCCUCUUUAUUAUUUGCCUUAAAGCAGCGGUUCUCAGUAGGGAUGCAUUGAAAAUAAUUGUUGAACAAUGUGGGGGAAAAAAGCACUUCUUGGCCAAAUAAGUAAAAAGAGUAAUAAUAAGAAUAAUUUACCAAUGAUCCGUUAUAUUUUAAGCAGUGUCUAAUGUUGGGAUUUUUCUGCAAAAAGAUUUAAAUACAUUUUUAUGCUUUACUCACAUAAAGGGUUCAGCAUCGCUUAUUACACUCUGUAUCAGUUUACCCAUAAUUCCUACCCCUUUCACAAAAAACAGCUGUACAGUGCUAGGAUAGCCUUAGCAUUUGUGUGAUAAUUUAACUUAACUUUUACCUUGACUAGCACUACUGAGGUAAAUGUAUGGUUAAAAUGACACUGCUGAAGUAAAUUUAUGAUCAGAAUGGUAUUACUGGAAUAAAUUUAUGACGAAAAUAGCACUGCUGAGGUAUCUAGCUAAGCUAAAUGUUGUUCUGGAAUAUCACUGCUGAGGUACAUGUAUUGUGUGUUGUUGGUGAAUCUGCUGCGAUGUCCAAUACAUAUUUUCAAAUUGUA